AUGAGUAUGUCUGAUGAAUGUCAUGAGACAGAAGAGCGUCUUCUUGUCAAGGAACUCAUGUCGCAAUUGAAUAAGAAAUUCUUUUUGCAACAGCGUGGAAAGAAGAAAUUCUUAGAACAUUACGAGCUCGUAACACAACCCUCUCGUCAUUGUUUUAUACCCAUAGAAUUUACGAAGGACAAAUCCUAUGUGCUCAAUGUCAUUCAACAGAACAGGGAAAAUUGUGAAAUGUCUUUUUUGAGAAAUGCCAUUCUUACUUUUCCACGUGAUAGACAAGUUGUUCUUGAAAUUGUAAAACGUAAAGGAUACUUGCUUGAGUAUGCUUGUGAAGAGCUGAGAAAUGAUAAGGAUCUUGUCAUGGAGGCUCUCAAACAGAAUGGUUGUGCCUAUAAAUUUGUUUCUGAAUCUUUGAAGAAUGAAAAGGAAAUAGUUUUAACCUCGGUAAAACAAAUCGAACAUUCAGAGGGUCACUUAUUGUCAAGGGAAUGGAAGAUAGAUAAUGACGUUUUUUUGUGUUCCAUUUGUCCAAAUCGUGCUCACAACUAUUCACAUACCAACUGGAAUCUUGAUUGCAUCAUGCUGUAUUCCACAUUGAGCUCUGAUAAGGAAUUUUACUUGGAUACUGUGCAUAGACAUCCGUCGGCAUUAGAAUUCGCUUCAGAAGACCUCAAGAAUGACAAAGAGUUCAUACUUUCAUGUGUUGCACUAAAUGGAAAAGCACUGCAAUUCGCAUCUCCAAGCUUGAGAAAUGACAAACAAGUGGUUUUUGAGGCAUUGAAACAAAAUAGGUUUUCCCUUUCAUUUGCCUCCAAUGAGAUCAAGAGUGACAAAGCAUUUAUGAUGAAAGCAAUUCUUGAAAAUCAUCAUGUUCGGACUUCGGCCAGUCAAGCUCUACAAUUUGCUUCACAAGAGCUUUGGAACGAACAAGACCUUAUCUUCUCAGCAAAUCCAUCUCAUGUUCUAACAGCGUUUAUGUAUUGGGAAAUAGAAAAUAGUCGUCAGAAACCACAAGCUCAAGUUGCGCUCAGCAUUCGAGAAUUGUACAUGAACAAGUUGAAACAGGACAGGAAUUUUUUAUUACACGCUGUUGCAUUAGAUGGAACAAUGCUAAAACAUGGCUCUGACGAUUUGAAAAACGAUAAGGACAUAGUAUUUGAAGCAAUCAACAACACUGAAGAUGCUUUAAGAUAUGCUUCUGAUUCAUUGAAACACGAUAAGGAAUUUAUGUUGAAGAUUGUGCAACAAAAGCCACGUGUCUUCACAUUGUUUGAAACUAGAAAUUAUUUUGCACCGUUUUUACAAGACAGGGACUUUGUUUUGCGUUUGAUUCGACAACAUCUCACUUGUGUGCUGUUUUAUAUUUCACCCCAGUUGAGACUUGACAGAGAAUUAGUUCUUGAAGCUGUUAGACAAAUUGAUUUUGCAUGGGAUUGUAUUGCAUUUGUCAGUGAUGUCAUGGUAAGGAAAAAAGAUGAGAUUUUCCAUGAUCCAGAAAUUGAAAUGGAAUGUGUGAAACACACUGGAUACGCACGAACGUUCAGUAUGGAGUUGUAUCAGGCUAGAAUGGAUCAUUAUUAUUAUGGUGCUUAUUUGGGAAAUAAGGUCCAUUACUCUGAAUGA